CCUUCCUGCCUGCGUACCAUAGUCUGAGUAACCAUCCUGUUUCUGUUGGUGCAGAGGGAGGAGAAGCAGCUUGAGGCAUCAUUAGAUGCACUGCUGAGUCAAAUAGCUGAUCUGAAGAAUUCACUGGGAAGUUUCAUUUAUAAGUUGGAGAACGAGUAUGACCGGCUGACCUGCUUUGCCUUGCUCUCUGGACAAUUAAACACUCUGAACAAGGUCUUGAAGCAUGAAAAGACGCCGCUGUUCCGUAACCAGGUCAUCAUCCCUCUGGUGUUAUCCCCUGACCGGGAUGAAGAUCUCAUGCGGCAGACUGAAGGACGAGUGCCUGUUUUCAGCCACGAGGUCGUUCCUGACCACUUGAGAACUAAGCCUGACCCUGAAGUUGAAGAGCAGGAGAAGCAACUGACAACAGAUGCAGCACGAAUCGGUGCUGAUGCAGCCCAGAAGCAGAUCCAGAGCUUAAAUAAAAUGUGUUCAAACCUUCUGGAGAAAAUCAGCAAAGAGGAACGAGAAUCUGAAAGUGGAGGUCUUCGGCAGAACAAGCAGACUUUCAACCCCACAGACACUAAUGCCUUAGUAGCAGCUGUUGCCUUUGGAAAAGGGCUGUCCAAUUGGAGACCAUCGGGUGGCAGUGGUCCUGGUCAGCCAGGCCAACCAGGAACUGGGACAAUCCUUGCAGGAGCAUCAGGAUUACAGCAGGUGCAGAUGGCAGGAGCUCCAAGCCAACAGCAGUCCAUGCUCAGUGGGGUACAAAUGGCUCAAGCAGCUCAACCAGGAAAAAUGCCAAGUGGAAUAAAAACCAACAUCAAGUCAGCAUCAAUGCAUCCCUACCAGCGGUGAGUGUGAAUGUGGCCAGAAACUUCAAUCCCAGACGUUCUUUGCCAAGCAGGGCAAUGCAGUUAAUGACCUUUUGCUGAACUCUGAUAAAGAUGGGUAUAAUAAAAACAA